AAACUACACAAAUGAUAUUUUGACGGGCACUCGCUGUGUUUCUGCAGUCUGAGGGGUCGAGAGUGAUGUCACAGGUCGCCUGGACCAAUCACAGCGAGUCUGGGAUCCUCUGAGACUCACUCGUGUCUCGUCUGAGGGAUCGAGAGUGAUGUCACAGGUCGCCUGGACCAAUCACAGCGGGGACAGAUCCUCAGUCACUCGUGUCUCCUGGAGCUGUGCACUACUAGCAGCGAAGUCAUGAGCAAACUGUGGUGUGCGCUUCUGCUGGUCCUGACCCAGCUCCACCGCGGCCGUGGCUGUCCCGGCCCGUGCCAGUGCUUCUCGCCCGCUAAGGUGGUGUGCGCAGACGAGGCCAUGACCGCGCUACCGCUCAACAUCUCCGCUCAGGCCAGAGAGCUGAUCGUGGUGGCGUCGGGCGUCACGCAUCUGGACGGACGCUCCUUCAGGGAGGACCUCAGACUCAGCAAACUGGUGCUCCUCAACGGCCAGCUGCGGUCGGUCUCGGGCGACGCCUUCGAGCGGCUGCGGGAGCUGCGGGAGCUGGAGAUCAGCGGGAACCCCUUGCUGGCGCUUCGAGAGCCGGCCUUCGCCUCGCUGGCCAACCUCACAACACUGAUGCUCAACCACAACAACAUCGGCGCUCUGGCCGCCCGCAUCUUCGAGGCUCUGCAGAAGCUGGAGAGGCUGCAGUUGAAGGGGAACGGCUUGCUGUCUCUUCCCGGUCGUCCCUUCCAUCGGCUCCCCAAUCUGCAGGAGCUGGACCUGUCCUUCAACCAGAUCGACUCGCUCCCGGCGGAUGUGUUCCAGAACAACUCUCUCCUGAGGGCGCUCUCGCUGCAGGCCAACAUGAUCCCGCAGCUUCCGGAGGGGAUCUUCUCCCACCUGGAUCUCCUGGAGGAGCUGAACCUCCGAGGCAACCGCAUCCGCGAGCUGAGCGCCGACGUGUUCCCGCACAGCCUCCGCAAGCUCAUCCUCAAGAGCAACCAUCUGGCGCAGCUCCACCCCUCGCUCUUCCACAAACUGCUGCUCGUCACCCAUCUGGACCUGUCUCAGAAUCAGCUCUCCGGGGUCCCUGCGAACCUCUUCCAGAACCUCAUCUCGCUCAAAAAGCUGGAUCUGUCCGAGAACCGGAUUACGACGCUCCCCGGCACCGUCUUCAAAGGGCUGUUUGGUGUGAAAGCCAUCCAUCUGCAGAAGAACAACCUGAGCUCUCUGGAGGAGGACCUGCUGAAGGACCAGCACGGGCUGGAGCAGCUGUACCUGUCCAUGAACCGCCUACGGAGAGUCCCGCACGGCUUCUUCGACGACCUGGACUACCGGUGCCUCGUUCAGCUCCACGGGAACCCCUGGCGCUGCGACUGCGGGAUACAAUACCUCUCCGAAUGGAUCAGGGACAACCUCAGGAACGUGGAGGACGUGACGCAGGUUUACUGUCACGCUCCCGAGUUUAUCCGAGGGCACAGCCUGGUGUCCGUGGACGAGGAGCGGCUCGUCUGCGGGAAAAACUCCAGCUCCUCCGACACGAACUCCACAGGGAUCGCAGUUGAUGGCGAUGGUGGCGUUCACUGCUCGAUCCGAGAUUUCAAAGGACAGACAACCAUUCAGUGCAAACUCACUAAAUGCACCAGCGUGAAGUUUCAGGCCCUUUUUGAAUUUGGGGAUGGAAGUGACUCGGAAAGAGUCGUGAGCAAAGAGUGGCCAGCGCCUGCCGGUUGCGCCAACGGGACAACUAUGGCUGAAUCCCAGUUCACCCCUUGGCCCCCUUGGGGUUGAAAUAAUCCCCCCACGAAAUGGAACAACCCUUCAUCAGUCGUCGAGUUUUAACAGGAUUUCUCCAUGACAACAACUGACAAUCAGUGCAACUGCUCUUAACUUUGAAUAAACAUGAUGAUUUUUCUGAUCGGAAAGGUAAUUUAUUAUUCCAUUUGUUAAUUUAAACGACUAUAGUGUUAUUAUAAGAGUAAAUAAAGUGCGUGGUGGAAUCAUCUGACGCAAAAUUUAAAUGUUUAACCGUUUGCGAAGGCAUCUCGCCGGUGAUUUGCGAUGCAUCUGUGAACUUUCUCGUGGAAAAAUCCCCUUUUCGAGGGCUAUGUAGCCCUACCCCUCGAUCUCAACCAGAAUCAGGACACCCUACCCCUAGACGUGAACGUGCAAAACGGAGGGGAAGGGCCAAGGGGUGAAUUGGGAUUGAGCCUUAGUGCGCUCAUUUAACACACACGGCAAAGAACCAACCGGCAUACACUCUCAGAAAACAGAGCGCUAAUACAGUUAGGUACUGUUUAUGUCCCUGUAAAGCCUGACAUACGAAAUGAUAGUAAAAAAUAUCCUUUUUUUUCUUUUUCGAAAAUGGAACAUUUAAGGUUGGUUGAACCUUUAGAAAAAUACUAAAUAUAUAUGAACAAAAAGAACAAUAUUUGUUUGCAUAUGUGUUUUAGGUUUUAUAUAUUAUAUUUGGUACAUCAGACUUUUAUGGCUCAAAUAUUCUGAUAUCCCGAGAAUAUGGAGGGAAACAGCUCAAGUUUAUUUGGAGGCUCAAACUGAGCAAAAAUAUGUGAUUUGGUACUGACUUCUGAUGCUUGUAAUGUAAAUCAAUGAGAUAUUUAUAGCAGUGUAGCAGAUAACAUUCAUAUAAAUAUGGGUAAUCACUCUAGAUCUGCCAAUAUGUCUUAGUAAGAUAAUAUUAUAAUGCUUAGUUUUAUGAUCAAAGCUCUGUACAGUAGUUAUGUGUAAUGCAAUGCAAUGAUGAUUGAGAGACGAACAAAUAAACAUUUCUCAAUUUUCUAUAAAAUGAUGUGGAUAAUCAAGUAAGA